GUCUAUCACAGUACCUCUUCCGUCUAACUCGACCCCUCAGCACAUCAUGAAAAACCGAAUCUCCUCAUUAAGGCCCCUCUGCCAUCCUCGAGCGAAAGCCCUCCCCGUUUAUCGCAACUAUUCGACAAGCAAACCUCCGAAUCCGCAAUCACAACCGCAACCGCGGCCGCAGCCCAACAACAAACUACAAUUCAGAGACAUCCCCGCCACAGCUGUGAACUACUACUGGGACACACAAGCACCGGAUGAAAGCCAACUCGCCUACGCAGACAAAUUCUUCGCUCCCUCGCGCCACUCCCCAAUCAAGCUCUGGACCCUGAGCAAGUUCCGCACGACGCCGCUCUCCUCGACCACUCCCGAAGUAGCAUUUCUAGGGCGGUCGAAUGUCGGUAAAAGCUCGCUAUUGAACGCCCUUAUGGGGCAGGAAAUAUGCUGGACGUCGUCGAAACCAGGGCGCACGCAGACGAUGAAUGCAUUCGGGAUCGGAGGGACAAAGGGCGGCGAGUCGAAGGUCGUGUUGCUUGAUAUGCCGGGAUACGGAAAGGGGAGUCGAUCGGAAUGGGGUAAUGAGAUUAUGAAGUAUUUGAAAAAUAGGAAACAACUCCGCCGCACCUUCAUCCUAAUCGACGGCCAGCACGGCAUCAAGCACUCCGACGAAGGCAUACUUGAAUUGUUCCGCCACUACGCCAUCCCGCACCAGAUCAUCGUCUCAAAAGUGGAUAAUAUCAUGGCGGCGAGGACGAGCCAGCUCGCGACUGGAGUAACGGAGGAACGUCUGCUCCAGACACAGAAGAAGAUACAGGAGCUCCGUCCUAUCAUCCAGCCUGUUGGCCGAGACGAGGGCCCCGGUGCUUUGGGGGAGAUUUUGACAUGCAGUUCGAAGGUCCUCCGGACACCGGGGAAUUACUUGGGGAUUAGUCCCAUUCGUUGGGCUAUUUUGUCUGCUGCGGGCUAUGAUGGGAUGAUGGAGGUGAAGUCUAGCUAUGGCCAACCUGAUCUGACGGGGUCAACUAUGUCCUCUGGGGCUGGGCCUUGAGGGGUUUUGGUGCCUUCUCUGGCUGCUGAAAUGUUCGUUGAUAGUGCGCACUGAUCCUUAUGGACUGGCCAGCUUGGCUAGCUGCGAGAAAGAUCGCGUGACGGGGCUCUGCUAAUCUCAUGUCGCUGUUGCUGCAGCGAUUACCUAGUGGAUGUUGGGACUGCUUUACAUGCUGAGUAUUUAUCAUCUGACCUAGAGAUGCAAUACUGGGCCCGUGGAGUAAUUCGCGGUAUGUGCGGCCUCGUACCUCGAGCCCGGCCCAGGAUUCCAUGCCGCUCAGCCUGCACCAUGGUUUUCGGCCUGUUAAGGACCGCGCCACCUUACACCGCGCUUCCCAGGGCAGGCGGGGGAAAGUGGAAAAAGCCAUAGUCUCAUCUUCGGCUAUGUUUACGAUGGAGCCAUGCGCUUCCAGGCUAAAACCGC